AUGGCUGCUGCACCGGGUGGAGAUGAGGGCAUAUAUGCCCGGCUGAAUUUUACCACCGAUUUGAAAGCAGUUGAGGAGCAUGAACGGAGAAUUCGAGAAAGGAUCGACGCGACACUGAGGAAGAGUGAAGAAAGACUUGCUGAGCUGAUCGAUCAAAACUCUACCCUUCCCACCACUGUCUCCUCUGUCACUGUUGUUGGUGCGCCCAACACCCGACGGAGUUUCCUCGCUCGGAUAUUCGACCCGUUGCUAAGUGUCAACCGGGACCGACCAUAUACGCAAUCAGAGCUCCUUCAAGAAUGUGCUGCGCGAGCAGAUAAGCUCAGUCGAUUCGGUAUCUAUCAUGAGCCCAUCUCUCUCUUUUUCGACAAACCGGACAAAACAGAUCCCUCCACGAGCCCGACAGACGUGGCUGUCUACGUGACUGCUAAAGAAAAAGGUCGAAUAUCAGCAAAAACCGGAACAGAUCUCGGGAAUGCCGAGGGCUCUGCUUAUGCGAAUGUACAAUGGCGGAAUGUUCUGGGAGGAGCAGAAACCCUUGAUGUCAAUGCCUCUUUGGGAACAAGAACAAGAUCAGCAUAUCAGGCAGCAUUCGACACACCAAUCCUGAGCGAUCCAGAUAAAAGGUGGCAGAUAGGUGGUGUUCAAAGCUCAACGCAAAGGAGUUUCGCGAGCCAUGAAGAGUUCUUGAGAGGCGGAUGGACAAAUUUGAGAUGGUUGACAAGCAGUAAUUCUCAACAUGAAGUCGGCUACAACGGCUACUGGAGACAGAUCACUGGGCUAGCUUCAAAUGCUUCAUCUACAGUCAGGGCAGAGGCAGGAGACUCGUUUAAAAGCAGUAUUUCAUACACUUGGAUUGCCGAUCGACGGAAUAACCCGAUCCUACCAUCAAGCGGAUACUAUAUGAAAAUGAUCUCCGAAUUAGCAGGGUGGGGACCGCUGAAGGGAGAUGUUGCAUUCUGGAAAUCAGAAGUACACACCCAGACAGCGUCGACAAUCCCACUGCCAGGAAUCAAGGGAGACAGUGGCGUUAUCUUCAACGCAGGACUCCGCGCUGGGCUGCUCUACCCCUUAGCGUUAGGCACAAAUCAGACUCCGGAGGCAUCGCACAUCAACGACCGCUUCCAGCUGGGAGCACCCACAGAUGUGCGAGGCUUUCGACUGUCUGGACUUGGGCCCAGAGAUGGCAGUGAUGCAGUUGGUGGGGACGUCUAUGCCGCUGGGGGUGCUAAUCUCCUUGUUCCCCUUCCUCGACUUGGACGUGAAAGUCCGCUACGAAUGCAAGCAUUUGUGAACGGAGGUCGACUACUGGCUCUUCGACAGGCAGAGAAGGAGGGCGAAAUGAGCAGUGAGGAUGUCAAGGAGAGCGUCUACAACACUGUCGCUGAGCUAGGAAACGGAGUGCCGAGCAUGUCUGCUGGCGUGGGGUUGGUCUAUGCUCACCCGGUGGCUAGGUUCGAGCUGAACUUUUCAUUACCGCUGGUACUCAGAAAAGGCGAGGAAGGACGGAAAGGCCUGCAAUUUGGCGUCGGCAUCGAUUACUUAUAG